CUGGCCGAGUAGAACUCAUCGGGUGUGUGCCGUCUACCUACCCCCUACUACCGCGGGUAGAGUGGCGGUUGACUGGACAUAAAAAUUGAACCUGAGCCAACUGCACUCAUCCUCUUCCGCUUGGCGGGACACGUCAAGGAUCGUCUAGCACCAGCAAACGCAUCGCUAUGCCAGCCGAAUCCAAAGUAGCGGAUGCGGCGCCAGCCACCAAUCCGAGCACACCGAAAAAGAAACCAGCAGCUUCCUCCGGCAAGGCGGCGCUCGCCAAAGUCACAGUCCUCGAUGGCUCGAUAUUAGAAGUCACGAUCGACCGUAAAGCACGUGGCCGCGAUUUAUUGAAUUCAGUCUGCGCUGGAUUAAACAUCAUCGAAAAAGAUUACUUCGGUCUAACAUACGUCACGGCGGCAGAUCCCCGGGUAUGGCUGGAUCUCGAACGACCAGUAGCAAAAUUCUUCCGCUCCGACCCAUGGGACAUGAAUUUCGAAGUCAAAUUCUACCCUCCGGAGCCGGCACAGCUCCAGGAGGACAUCACCCGCUACCACUUGUGCCUGCAAGUUCGAAACGACAUUCUCGAGGGCCGACUACCGUGCUCGUUUGUGACGCAUGCCCUGCUGGGAUCUUAUCUGGUGCAAUCGGAACUGGGCGACUACGAUGCUGACGAGAUGAAGGAUCGUUCAUAUCUGAAGGAGUUCAAAAUAGCGCCGAACCAGACGCCCGAACUGCUGGACAAAGUUAUGGAUUUGCACAAAACGCAUAAGAGUCAAACGCCUGCGGAAGCCGAAUUACACUACCUGGAGAAUGCGAAAAAGCUGGCAAUGUACGGAGUUGACCUACAUCCUGCCAAAGACUCCGAAGGAGUUGAUAUCAUGCUGGGGGUAUGCGCGUCCGGAUUGCUGGUAUACAGGGACAAGCUCCGAAUUAAUCGCUUCGCAUGGCCCAAAAUUCUUAAAAUCUCCUACAAACGCAACAACUUCUACAUCAAAAUUCGACCGGGCGAAUUCGAGCAGUACGAAUCGACCAUCGGUUUCAAGCUGGAGAACCACCGGGCCGCCAAGAAACUGUGGAAGGCCUGCGUUGAGCAUCACACCUUCUUCCGGUUGAUGACGCCGGAACCUUCCUCUAAGUCGGGCCUGUUUCCUCGGUUGGGCUCUAAGUUCCGCUACUCGGGUCGAACGCACUAUGAAACCCGCAAGACGCCAGUCGAUCGACCAGCUCCGGACUUCAAGCGUAGUCUCACCGGAAAGCGGUUGUCCAGUAGAAGCAUGGAUGCCCUCGGACAGCAAGAAAAGGAGCGAACCGCCUUCAAGGAUCCGAACAAGGACGGUAACAAACGCCACACCAUGUCACAUCCACCGGAUCACAUUCCAGAUCUGGAAUCGCCAACACGUGGCUCUCGAAGUCCCAUCAAAAAGGAGAAGAAGGAACGCUUGAAGCGCGAGUCUAGUACCGGAACAGCUUCGGCGUCGUCUCAGAGCUCGCUCGAGGGUGACUACGAUAUCGCUGCGUCGUCAUCCAACGUUGUUCCGAGCCAGAAACCAGUCGGCGGUAUCGCUGUCCUGCCUGGAGCCGGAAAGAAAGAGAAGGAACAAACCAAGGAACAAGCAUCACCCCUCAAAGAGGAAGGUCUAAAUGGCAACAAUGGCAACCAGGAAGCGUUGAAUUCAUCCACGGAGGAGCAAACUUCUCCAGGUGGAAAGCGAAAGGGCUUCCUGUUUUCUUCGGGUCGCAAGUCACCCAAGGAUAAGAAGAGUCCCGGUGCUGCGGCAACUCACGUUGCUGAUACCAACGGUGAUGGUGGCAAGAAGGAUCUACACGAAACACAGGCACAAACUCAGCAAGCACAAAAGGACUCGGGUAAGCCCGGAUUCACUAAACCGUACGAGUACUCGGAGAACAAUCAGGACACUAGCCCGAACAAGAAGAAUGUCAAAACUCGCGGCUUCCGGUACGAUGAAGAUCCUUCGGUAAAUGCCCGGGACAAGGAAGAAGCACAGCUCAGCCCUAAUUCGCAAAGCCGACGAGCCACGGGCUUAGCCUUCAACUAUGCGCCGGGAGAAGAUGAUAAAGUGCGUGAAUCGGUGGAGAAGCGUAAGGUUCCAGGUUCACCUAAUUCAGGUGAUGCAAAGGAUAAGCUCUCACCUAAGACCGGAGGUAGAGGACUGACGGGUGAAACUGAUGCAGAAAAGGGAGUGAGAACUAGUGCACGAUCGUACUCCCCUAACAAAGGCAAAGUUGUUGAUCCUCUUGCUAGUGGAGCUGGAUCUUUCCGUCCUUUAGACGACAGCCAGGCAGAUCCUAAUGCGGCAUUUAUUCAGGGAGAACAAGCUGCCGGUAUUGUUCCAGUAAUUGCAGGACCCCCUGAGCCGGUCAAAAAGAAGGUAAAGAUAAUGGUGAUCAUUUCGAGAUUUGAUCCCAAAACCAAGAAGGUCGAUACUGCCAACGGAGUGGUUGAACAUUCGACGGGUGUACUGGAUACGAAAUCAGGUCUGAUUGAAAGCAAAUAUGGUGUUAUUGAUCCAAAAGCCGGAACAGUUGUCAACUUCAAUCCGAGAACCGGACAAAAUGAAACCUUCCAGGGACAGACUGAUCCGAAGACCGGACAAAUCCAUGUUGUCAGCGGAGUCGUUGAUCCCAACACUGGUAGGGUGGACGAUAACCUUGGUCAAGCAAUUAUUGUGGCUCCCGACGAUGAUUCCAUUGUGGAGAUUACAACCAUUACGGGCAAGUUUGAUCCUAAUACCGGAAAGGUCGACACUACAAAUGGCGAUAUCGAAAGAACUCGUGGCAUUUUGAACAGCAAGACCGGAGUUGUUGCUACUAAGUAUGGUGAAAUCAAUCCUCGGACAGGGGAGCUUCGUACCGUUGAUCCAAAGUCAGGAAAAUCUAGCAGUCGAACUGUGGCGGUUGAUAAAGACAACGGACAGGUCACGAUCGUAGGAGUUAUCGAUCCCAAAACACAUAAAGCCGACAACAGUCAAGCUCACUUGGUCGCAAUUGGCAAUCAGGUCGAUCCAGUUGUAGAAGUCACUUCAGUUCUUGGUAAACUUGACAAGAAAGGCAUUGUUGACCCGAAAACGGUUACAUUCGACAAAAGCACAGGCCAACUGGAUACUAAGGAUGGUAAGAUCAACACCAAGUUCGGUCAGUUUGAUUUAGUGAAACAGACUUUAACGUUCGUUGAUCCGAAAACGGGUAAAACGGAGACCAAAGAGGUCAAGAUAGAUCCUGUGACGGGACAGGUGCUGCUGAAGAAUCAAGUCAAUCCGAAAACCGGGAAACCCGAUAAGGAUUUCGGAAGAAUCGUUUCAAUUCGCAUUGUUCAUCACCGUAUUGAUCCUGCUACAGGAAAGCAUAUCUCUACUGUGGAAGACAAGGAUAUUCGUGUCGACCCUAAGACAAAUCAAGUUUGGAUUCCGGAAGGUAAGGAUCAAAGAACCGGAGAAACGAUCUACACUUCCAGUCAAGUUGACCCGAAGACUGGCUACGUGAUUACCAUCUAUGGUUAUCUGAACCCGAAAACUAACGAAAUUGAGAAACAGACAAAACUGGAUCCUAAUCUGACCAAGGUUGAUCCUACUACCGGGCAAAUAUACGCUGCCACCGGCGAAGUAGAUACAGCCACGGGUGAACCGUUGUUCGCCGCUACGCAAAUCAACGAAGAAAAUGGUGAAAUAUACACCAAGGUAGGAAAAGUAGAUCCCAAGACCGGCCGGCUGGUGAUAAUCAAGAUCCUCAUUUUGACAAAGAAGGACGAAAGAGGUAAACCUGAAGAGGUAGACAUCAACGGAGUGGACCUGGAUCCAGUGACUGGUAGGAUAAAUAACAUUGCCACCAAGACCGUGUACGUUUACAAAAUGCGCGAUCCCAUCACCGGUGAAACCUACCAGGUGGAUCCCAACGAUCCAAGCAUUGCCGGAGCCCGGACAACCGUUACCCAAACCAUGACCUUGAGCGGUGAGAUCGAUCCUGUCACCGGUCGCAUCAAAUCCGAAUGGGGCCACAUCGACCCGAACACCGGAGACAUCGAUCCCGCAACGGCUAUCCGCGAUCCGGUCACCGGAAAAUUGAUUCUCAACUACGCCGAUAUCGAACCGAGCCACUUCGGCAAAAAUGUCACGGUUACCAAGGAGACGGUUCCCAUCACGCGGGAACAGUUCUACGAAGGCAUCAAGCACCUCGGCAAGAAGGCCAUCCGACGGGACUCGGAAAGCUCCGACGACGAAAUGGCACAGUAUGACAGCGAACAGGUGAAGGAAAUCAACUCGGGAACGCCACGGGCGGCCGGCGGAAAGUACGGAACGCCUACGGUGGUGAAAACGACAACGAAGCAGGUUAUCACGAAGAACGAGGAUGGCGUAACGCACAACGUCGAAGAGGAGGUACAGAAUCUGGGAACCGGACAGAUCGUCUACUCGACACAGGAGCAUAAGGCGGACGCUCCCAGCGAUAUUCAGGGCAAAUUCCUCACGGCAACGGCCGUCACGACGCGUACAGCAACCACUCACGAAAAUCUCGAAAGUAACGUCAAGACCCAACAGCUGGAGGAAAAGACUGUCGCCACCACCACGACGCAACGAGGUGAACAACAGGAACAGCGAGUAGUCACCCAGGAGGUUAAGACCACCGCCACGGUAACCAGUGGCGAUCAGUUUGCCCGCCGCGAUAGCAUUUCAUCGACGAGUUCCGGCGAUUCUGGAACCCCAAUCGAUGGUCCCUACGGCGGAGAUGACGACUCAGCGGUGAUCUACAACAAGAGCUACACGGGUGUUGACGACGUUGCGGGAGCUUCGAAGAUUCCAUCUGGUCCGAAUGUUGAACAUCAUCGGGUGCUGCUGGACGACUCGCAGGAAGGUGUCACAGCCGAGGGUGAGAUUGUGUCCUCCCAGACAGUAAGCAGCAAAACGCGAACGGUUGAAACAAUUACCUACAAAACAGAACGUGAUGGUGUUGUGGAAACCCGCGUGGAACAAAAGAUUACCAUUCAGUCGGAUGGUGAUCCGAUCGAUCACGACAAGGCGCUGGCAGAAGCCAUUCAGGAAGCAACCGCCAUGAACCCAGACAUGACCGUGGAGAAAAUCGAAAUCCAACAGCAGACGCAGUAAGAACGACAAGCUAAGGUAAGGCAUCCCUGCGCGCAAAAAUUGAAAAGUAAAACUUGCGUACCCAUAAGACUUGGCUGGUCCAAAAGACGGUUCGAGAUACUUUUGGGACGGACGUCGGUUUCUACACACAAAGUCGUCACUACAUUACAUUUGUCAUCACAAAAAUUGCUAAUAUUUUACAAUUGAGACCACGGCAAAACUGUGGCGCGCGAACGCUAGUUUUUUUUUAAGUAAGCAUGAAAGUAUAAGGUAUUAUGCUUAGUUAAA